AGGCGCACUGCACCGCACCGCCGCCAUUUUGUGUCCGAGCUUGUGGAGCGAUUAAACCGUGCGCGGAGCUGCUUCUUUGGCGGCAGUGGCGGCAGCAGUAGCCGGUGCGGGCGCGCAGAGCUGGCCGGGGACGCCGGGUGGCCGGAGCGGUGGAGCGGCGGCGGAACGCGGGGGGUGUGGCGCGGAGAAUGAUUGUGGAUCUAGAGACAAAAAACAAGAUGCACUAGUAGACGGACUGCUGACCAGGGACUUCGUAGCUGGUUCUAUUUUCCUUCUUCAAACCAACUUUGCAGCCACGGAGCGGAAGGGGAAAUGGAAGGUGAGGCAGUCGAAGCCAUUGUGGAAGAGUCUGAAACUUUCAUUAAAGGAAAGGAGAGAAAGACUUACCAGCGACGCCGGGAAGGUGGCCAGGAAGAAGAUGCUUGCCACCUACCCCAGAACCAGACAGAUGGGGGUGAGGUGGUACAGGAUGUCAACAGCAGUGUACAGAUGGUAAUGAUGGAACAGCUGGAUCCUACCCUUCUUCAAAUGAAGACUGAAGUAAUGGAGGGUACGGUGGCUCCCGAAGCAGAGGCUGCAGUGGACGAUACACAAAUCAUAACCUUGCAAGUUGUAAAUAUGGAGGAACAGCCCAUUAAUAUAGGAGAGCUUCAGCUUGUUCAAGUACCUGUUCCUGUGACUGUACCUGUUGCUACCACUUCGGUAGAAGAACUUCAGGGGGCUUAUGAAAAUGAAGUGUCUAAAGAGGGCCUUGCAGAAAGUGAACCCAUGAUAUGUCACACAUUACCUUUGCCUGAAGGGUUUCAGGUGGUGAAAGUGGGGGCCAAUGGAGAGGUGGAGACACUAGAGCAAGGUGAACUUCCACCUCAGGAAGAUCCAAGCUGGCAGAAAGACCCAGACUAUCAGCCACCAGCCAAAAAAACAAAGAAAACCAAAAAGAGCAAACUGCGUUACACAGAGGAGGGCAAAGAUGUGGAUGUGUCUGUCUAUGAUUUUGAAGAAGAGCAGCAGGAAGGCCUGCUGUCAGAAGUUAAUGCAGAGAAAGUGGUUGGUAAUAUGAAGCCUCCCAAACCAACAAAAAUUAAAAAAAAAGGUGUAAAGAAGACAUUCCAGUGUGAGCUGUGCAGUUAUACAUGUCCACGGCGUUCAAAUUUGGAUCGUCACAUGAAAAGCCACACUGAUGAAAGACCACAUAAAUGCCAUCUCUGUGGCAGGGCAUUUAGAACAGUCACCCUCCUGAGGAAUCACCUUAACACACACACAGGUACUCGUCCUCACAAGUGCCCAGACUGUGACAUGGCCUUUGUGACCAGUGGAGAAUUAGUGCGGCAUCGUCGUUACAAACAUACCCAUGAGAAGCCAUUUAAGUGUUCCAUGUGUGAUUAUGCCAGUGUAGAAGUCAGCAAAUUAAAACGUCACAUUCGCUCUCAUACUGGAGAGCGCCCGUUCCAGUGCAGUUUGUGCAGUUAUGCCAGCAGGGACACAUACAAGCUGAAAAGACAUAUGAGAACACAUUCAGGGGAAAAACCUUAUGAAUGUUAUAUUUGUCAUGCUCGGUUUACCCAAAGUGGUACUAUGAAGAUGCACAUUUUACAGAAGCACACAGAAAAUGUGGCCAAAUUUCAUUGUCCCCACUGUGACACUGUCAUAGCCCGAAAAAGUGACUUGGGUGUCCACUUGCGGAAGCAGCAUUCCUAUAUUGAGCAAGGCAAGAAAUGCCGUUACUGCGAUGCUGUGUUUCAUGAGCGUUACGCCCUCAUUCAGCAUCAGAAAUCACACAAGAACGAGAAGCGCUUUAAGUGUGACCAGUGUGAUUAUGCUUGUAGACAGGAGAGGCACAUGAUCAUGCACAAGCGCACCCAUACUGGGGAAAAGCCUUACGCCUGCAGUCACUGCGACAAGACCUUCCGCCAGAAACAGCUCCUCGAUAUGCAUUUCAAGCGCUACCAUGACCCUAACUUCGUCCCUGCGGCCUUUGUCUGUUCUAAGUGUGGGAAAAAAAAUGCUGAGCCAGAUCUGGAUGACAAUGAGGAUGAUGAGGAACCUGCGGUAGAAAUUGAACCAGAGCCAGAGCCUCAACCUGUGACCCCAGCCCCACCACCUGCCAAGAAGCGGAGAGGAAGACCCCCUGGCAGAACCAACCAGCCCAAACAGAACCAGCCAACAGCCAUCAUUCAGGUUGAAGACCAGAAUACAGGUGCAAUUGAGAACAUUAUAGUUGAAGUCAAAAAAGAGCCAGAUGCUGAGCCUGCAGAAGGGGAGGAAGAGGAGGCCCAGCCAGCUGCCACAGAUGCCCCUAAUGGAGACCUCACACCUGAGAUGAUCCUCAGCAUGAUGGACCGGUGAUAACGGGGCCUUACUUGUCUCCAGGACUGUUCUAGGCUGUGUUUAAACGGCCUAAAUUUUAAUUUUUCUCCUUUUCUUCUUUUGGCUUUGGGAAAAGCAUCAUUUUACACCCAUUUUACCAAACAUACUGAGAACGAAAACUUCAAGGAUGAUGUUAGAAAAAUGUGAUUUAACUAGAACUUGCUGUUUGAUGUUAGCAAAUCAUGGAAUGUCCUGAGUUCCUGAGGGUUUACUGUGAAGUGUUGAGGACAGUGUUGAUGCCUAACUAGUUUUCUGAGAUGGAAACAGACAUUGAGCCCUCUCUCUUGAUUUAGUAAACCACUCCAGAAUGGCCACGGGUUUCCCAGAGUUCUAUAGUCUUCUUCCCAAGAGAGUUUUUAAUUGUAAAUGCAGACUUGGGAAAGGACUUAGACUUUUAACCUGUUUUUUGCUUUUGCUUUUCCCUGACUCCCUUUGCUCGGAGCCAGCUGCACACCAGUAGUAUGGCAUGCUAUGAUCAGUUCCUGUCCUGAAAGCUUUGCCUCUUUCUUGGCAAAGUCUCUGGUAUGGUCAAGCUUGUAAAUAACUUUUUUACAUUUUAAUCUUUUCCAUUAAUUAAGAGAUUGAAAAAAAAAGUGCAGUGUAAGAAAACCCAGCAUUUAAUUACUUGCAAAUUAAGUUACCACGGACUCGGUGGUGUGUAAAUGUUGACCAGGAAUUGGAUCACAAUCAUGUAGCAGAAAAGCACCCAGACUGCUGUCUGCUAGUGAUGGAUACCCAUGUGGAGGUGAUUUUCAGCCCAUGGAGCCAGCAUUUGAACCUUGUACAAUUAACUUUAUGAUUUCCCAUCAACAUUUUCUUUGCUCUAUUUGUAGCUAAAUGUUGUAUUUUAUAAAUCUUCUGUUAAAGCCAGAAGGGUGAUUAUGAAUGGGUCACAGCAGCCCAGAAAUGCUGGGCCAGAAAAUUUUACUAGGUCAGUAAUUUAAACUUUGGAUCUGAAAAAAAAAAUUUAUAAUAAUGUGAAGCAAAACCAACUUAAAAAGUGAUUCUUGCACAUGAACUGUCACAUGUUUAAAAUGUGUUUUUUAGAGAGCCUCAGUCUUACUGAUUUCAAACACUUUUUUCUUCUGUGUAUUGCUUUUAAGAGAGCCAUCAGUUAGCUAUCAGACUCUAGGUUGAUGCAUUUUGUACUUAGCUGUACUGUGUGAUAUUUUUCAUUAUUUUAGGACGCCAACAUGAGACCUGUAAUAAAAUAUGUAAUGGGGUUGAAAGCUGGGGAGGAGGAGGAUCUACUGCUGUACAGCUAAUAAAUCAUAACGGAUUAACAGGCA